GCGCUCACGUAGUCUCGUGAACCGUAGUCUCGUACGCCGCAGCCUCGCGAGGUCGCCGCGUGGCGGCGCGCCAGUUCAUUCAAGAUGGCUACGUUGGAUCAAUGAAACGCGAGUAAUCGUAGUGAAAACACAAAUUGACAAGUGUGCGGGCGAACAUCGCGGCUUGAUCGCGGUGUAAAUGGACUAUGGGCAAGGAUCAGGAGCUGCUCGAGGCAGCGAGGAGCGGCAACGUCACCGUGGUCGAGAAGAUCCUCGGCCAGCGAGCCAAGAGGAGUGGUCCACUGGCAAGUUUACGUCGAGGACCAGGAGCUAAUGUGCAAGAUGCCAGUGGAUAUUCAGCCCUUCAUCACGCAGCUUUGAAUGGGCACAGAGACGUGGUCAAAUUACUACUCCAAUAUGAGGCUUCCACCAAUGUCGUUGACGCUAAGGGUUCCUCGCCGCUUCAUUUGGCAGCUUGGGCGGGUGACGCGGAAAUUGUACGAUUAAUUCUCAGUCAAGGUCCGUCGGUACCGAAAGUGAAUCUAGCGACGAAGGAUAAUGAAACCGCACUACAUUGUGCCGCACAGUAUGGGCAUACGGAAGUGGUGGCACAGCUGUUGCAGUACGGAUGUGACCCUAGUAUCCGCAACAGUCGCGGAGAAUCUGCGCUUGACCUGGCUGCACAAUAUGGCAGAUUGGAAACGGUGGAAUUACUCGUGCGAACGCAUCCCGAAUUAAUCGAAUCACUUCGUAAUUCUUCCUCAUCUUUGAUCUUCCCACAUACACCUUUGCAUUUAGCUUCACGCAAUGGUCACAGAGCGGUCGUGGAAGUCCUUCUUGCCGCUGGAGUUGACGUCAAUACGAGGACGUCAGCGGGCACUGCGAUGCACGAGGCCGCGCUCUGCGGCAAGAUGGAAGUUGUACGGGCACUUUUAGAUCGUGGGGUGGAUUUGGGCAUUAGGGAUUCUCGACAAAACACGGUGCUUGAUCUUCUGGGACAGUUUCCGCCGCACGUCACUCAAGAUAUCACAGCGGUGAUAAAAAGACAUCGGUCUUCCUCCGGUGUGGAAAGCGACGCUGACAGCGAGAACUUGCCGCCAAUUCCGGUGCAGGGUGGCGAUUCAUUGGGCAGCCCCUACGAAAAUGUUCGUCCGGGGGAUGAUCUUUCCCCCGCGGAAGGGACAUCACCUACUCAAUGGCAAUUCUAUCAUAAGCCUCGGGACGACGAUCGUCGCGUUUCCGGCACUUCUUUUGAAGACGAGCAGAACGAGGAACCGGUGAACGGAGUACGGAGGGUCCUCCAGCAGACAGAGGAUUCCGACCUCAGUUCCGUCUUCGACAGCGUCUUUAUGUCUUUAUCCGACACUCUCAACUCUAUAAAUACUCUCGAAAGUUCCGAUCAAACCCCUGAAGAUAUACCACAAAACACUACCAAACGAACAUUACCACUCGACACUACACGGGGUUCCGAUAACGGACUGUACCAAACUCCACCCGUGCCACGCGGCACAAUGGAGGGUAGUUUCGUGUCGGAGGACCUGUCCUUGACAUUGCCCACGGGAUACGGGGGCGGCAGAGAGUCCGACCAAUUGAGCGUGUCGUCAUCCUCGAGCGUCGGCGGACCUAGCCCACGGGAUCGCCGUUGUUUGCCCAACGAUUCCAGCGCUGCCGGGAUUUACUUGCCGAUGGCACCCCUGUCUAGCUCGCUACACAGUCCCGCUUCCAACAGUAAGGUCUCGCCGACACCUCCCAAGAAACCACCCAGGCGAAAUCUUUCGGUAUCCCCGACGCAUCUGCAGACACAAAUGUCUUUAUCCGCUGACAGUUCGGUAGGACCGAGUAAUUACGAAUAUUUAUUCCUAGCGCGCAGCGGAGCGCGUAGUCACAUCGAUCUUGAGCAGUUGCAAAAACGACGGGAGCAGUUGCGACACGUUACUCGAAGCGUGGACCAGUACGUAGAAAUGAGAUCGCGGCUGGUCGGUCCCGAUGAAAAACGUGAGCCCAACGUGGAGCCGGUAGCCAUAACGUCUAUUUACGAAAAUCGGCCGAUCAAGAUGUUGAAUCCGCGAAGAAAACUACGCAGACACGCCUACGAGAGCUACGAACCAGAGAGUAGCCCGUGUACCGACAAGUCACCUUGUAGCGACGGCGACGCAGCUAUCCAGGAGCAAACGUUCGUGUCGAAUGCCUUUCUCACUCUGAAGUCUUCCCAAGAAAGUCUCCUUGAUGAAAAGCGCGAGAUGGUGGACGGACAAUCCGUGCUGGAGAAUCGUGAAGCCACCGACAAACGUCUCAAACGCGUGCAAAUGAUGCUACCAACCAGUCCUACGCAUUACGUUCAGCCCCCAACUCCUGAUCAUCCGCCACCGUCCGCCAUGCAAGCGGAAAAGUCAAUUCACGAGCGCAUUCGCCCACUCAGUCAGGUGUACAAACGAAGAUCUCGUGACAUGGAGACGGAAACGGACGAGGAUCUGCUGCAGUUUCCCACCGCUGGAUCUUUGGACGCGUCAAGCGGUUCAUUAUCCAGCGUAUCUCUGUCCGACAAGAGCAUGUCCACUGACAAUGUCGAGGAAUACUUCGGCGAUGUGCCGUUCGCAGGUUUGUUAAAGGGCUCCGUUACGGCUGAACGGCCGCGUACUUUGCGCCGCUUGCGGAACGUCUACGGUCAGACCGCAUGCGGGAUGGGAAUUGGUAGCGACGGCGGGGGUGGAGAUCGUCUCGAGGACGGUGAAGUCGCCUUUCGGCUUUCCGGCGACCGGGACCGCGACAGGGACGAGAAGUCCCUUAGCAUAAUGAGUCCCUUCGACGAGCAGGAAGAAUGGGCGAAGAUCUCGGAGAUUAUGGCAUCGUUCGGAACUGGUCUUGUGCGAGAAUCGGUGUUCGUCAGCGAGCUCGAGAAAGAGUUUCAAACGAGGCUAGGUUUAAGUUCAGACAUUAGCAGCAGUCCUAUUGUUUCCACGUCCGUGGGUCAAUGGCUGUCCAGUUUAAGUCUGGCGGAUUAUGAAUCUCUCUUCAUCAACUAUGGCUUCGACGAUCUGGAGUUCAUAAACGGAGUGUUGGACGAGUCGGAUUUACGCGAUAUGGGGAUCAACAGCGAUCAAGAACGAGCGAUGAUCAUGGACGCGGUCGGGUUGCUGAACAAACGAGUGGAAAAGGGAGGCGGCAGUCACGGACAAUCGGUAGAGGAGUGGUUGAAAAGCAUCCACCUGGAAAAUUAUGCGGAGACGUUCAGAAAGCAUCUAUACACUGACAUGGAUCGGGUCAAACGAAUUUGGGAAGUCGAGCUGGCGGCAGUUUUGGAGAUCCAGAAACCGGCGCAUCGUAAACGCAUUCUUGCGUCCGUGAAUGGCCCGAAUAGUGCACGCGCAGAAACUCGAAAUGGCACGGGAACGAACUUGGAAGAUUUAAAUAAGGACCUCAAUACGUUGAAGACGAACAUACAGCAGCUGAAGGAGGAGAUACGGGAGAAAUUGCCGGAAGCAACGGUAGACGGUAACGGUGGCACGUCGAUAACCAGUGGAACGAAUUCGACGACCACGGGUACAUUAAGACACCGUAAAAACAGGCCGGCUCCCCAACCACCCCAACGACCUAGUUCGCAUAAUGGGGCGAUCUCGGCGCCGGAACAGCUCGAGAUCAGAGCUCCGUCCGAGCUGCUCUUUGGCGUGCCUUCCACCCUCAAGACGCAAUGGAGGCAUCAACCAAAGGCUCUAGUCACCGGCUGUGUCACGUACGUCGCUAAUUAUCUGGGCUCCACCGUCGUCAAGGAAUUACGUGGUACUGAGUCGACGAAAAAGUCGAUACAGAAGCUGAAGAAGACAUUUCGGGAACCGAGAGUCCUUGACAUUAUGCUGGCGAUUUCUUAUCGUGGUGUUCGUUUUCUCAACACAUUAACUAACGAGCCAAUUUGCGAGCACGAAAUUCGCAAUAUUCACUGCGCCUGUCAGGAUGCUGAUGAUCUUACUCACUUCGCGUAUAUCACAAAGGAUCACGCCAGUAGCACACAUUUCUGUCAUGUAUUUUGCGUCCCAACAAUGGAUCAAGCGACAGAAGUCAUAUUGACUUUGGGUCAAGCUUUCGAGGUAGCUUAUCAGAUGGCAUUAAAGGACAAGAUCGGUGGCCACGCAAUUCGAUCUCAAUCUGCUAAUCAAUUAACAACGCUCGCCGGAUCGUCGAAGCCGACGACCAAAAUGUCCGUGUCUCCCGAUUCCGCAUCCGAUCCCCUCAGUCGAGACACGGAUCAUGCUACGGCUCUCAAUUCCACGGCGUGCGCGAAUCCCAAGAUGAAAUCGCGAUCAAAGUCCAUACCGAAUCCAAAUCUCCAUACCGUUAAUCCAAAUCCAACUCAGGACAGUAACUCCAAUUCCAGUUCCAGCUCGACGACCACCGCGAACUGCAAUCCCAGCUCGAAUUAUGCCUCGAGUCCCAGCACGAACUCGAUCACCAGCUCUAACUCGAACAGCACCACUAAUCAGACUGCUAAGCUCUUGGUCACCCAUGGCCGUUCUCAUUCCGUCAACGACAUCAAGGUAAACGGUAAUCAAUUGAAGUUAGCGCCGGCACCGGUAGACGACAUCGGUAUCGGAGUGAAGGAUAUGAAGCCCGGUUCCAGAGCUCCGAUCGCGCUUUCCGAGGAGCUCUAAUCUCGGAUUGAAAUGCAUCGCAAUAACGUCAUCGUGUAGCGUUUGGUAUGACCGGAAUGCAUCGCUUUAACUUCGACAGACAGAAAUCUUUUAUUUCUAAAUUCUCAGAGAUUGCAUACGCAAGUUGCAUACAAGUGACUGUCAUAACGACUUUUCGACUCUUCAAUUUAGCAACAUAUUCAAUGACAUUUACGAUGAACGCGUGAGACAGUUACAAUUCGCAAUUAUUAUUCGCAAAAUUCGCGAAAGAUGUUUAACAAAGUAUCAUUUGUAUAGAUACGCAACUCGCGAGAUUUUGAGAUUUAUUAUAGUAUGGUUCCUUAACGCGUAAGAAGAAGUGUCUUUGUCAGAAAUGUCUAUCACUUUUUAUUCGAUUGAAUUUGAUUCUAUAACUUCUCCAAUAACAUACAUAUGUAUUACUCCAGUAACGUACAUAUGUAUUUACAUAUGUAUGUACAUAUGUGUACAUGGAUAUACACAUUCAUCGCUGGAAGGGGAAGUAUUCAGUUGUUAUGGGAUUUAACGAAUGACACAUAUGGCCUCGAGAAUGACGAAGGUAAGUAGCAUCGUCGCUAUAUUCUGCACCUGCAGAUUGAUAUUCGACUGAUUUUACAACAAUGACACUGUGAUCUUGAACUAUGCGAAGUGUGCAUUGGCCAAAGUGAUUCAUCGAGGCAACUAAUCGAUUGUUCGCCGCACAUACUUCCGGCGGAUGAUACAAAACGCAUUAGAUCUUUCUUCCUUACGACGCAUCGUCAUAGUAAACAGUAUUAUUAUGUCACAAUUUAAUGAACGUAGAUACGUUCAUCAUGAUAUUAUCUAGCGAGGCGUGAAAUCGCUAUAAUAAUGGAUGUGCAAUUCUCAAUGUGCAGCUUUAAUCUGUCGCGAUUACACUCGGCGAUUUAUAGGUACCCGAUUUUCGUCCGAUGUACGAAUCGAUUGUUUUAUUUAUCUCGAAAAUGCUAUUCGUAGCGUUGAUAUUUGUUCGCGGACCACAGGAAACACGCGAAGGAAAAAGUGCGACGUGCUAACACACAUAUGCUCAAUAUUGAUCCCUCGUAAAACGUAAACGGUGACCAACGAAUCCGUUCCGUACUCCCCCCGUGUUCUCUCCGUGAUUUUCUCAUUCCCCGAUCCCAAGUUCCGAUUUCGAGUUACAAUCGUUUCAUUCUUCAAGACUGAGGAUCCUUAUCUCGUUUUUAUAUUUUUAAUGUAAUCUACAAUAUAGAAGAGGAAAAAUUGAAUCGAAAAGAGAGGGAUUUUAAUAUAUUUAUUCGGCGAAGCUCGUGUGCAAAUACAGGAAAUAUAUACGAGCGUAACAUCAAAUAUUUAUCAUAACUUCUAUUUGAUACUUAAAUGUUACUCGUUGAAAAAACAAGAAACACAAAAAACGCUCUUAAAUGCAUCGCAAUUGAUUGCGAUUUAAAAAAAAAUGUCAACUAUAUAUACGUCACUAGUUAGCAAAAAAGCAUGGUUAACUGACUUCUCUUCUCUCUCUUCACUUAUGAUAUAAUUAAAAUUAUAUAAUCUAGAAAAGAUAGAGAAUCGAUAGAAUCGAAUCUAGUUAAUUAAGGUUCGCGCGAAACUGACAUAAUAUGACAUUAUAUUGACGUUGUGCGUAAUAGGGAUAUUAUUCUGUUUUUGCAACAUGUGGGCCUAAAAAAAUUGGAUAAUUAUCUUACAAGAAUCUAUUCAACGAUAUAUCCCAUUCAUUCGACAGCACAUAACGAAAAGAAACUACAGCGAAAUUUUAUAUAGAUUUAUAAUUAGACACAUUUUCUUUGUUUCUUUCACCUACACCAAAGAAACAUAAUAUAUAUAUAGAUACAUAUUUAUAUAUUUGUGAAAGAUACUAUAUGAAAGACAGAAUGACAGAUAAUAACGGAAAUUAAGGAUGACCAGAGCCGUCAGAGAGGGAAAGAAAAACGACAAACUGCCAAAACAAUACACCAUCAUCACCUCGAUAGCUAUACGCACACUUUGUCACGUUUACAACAUAAUUCAUUAUAUGUUAAUAAUUAAGAUAUAUACAAGAUAGAUGUGGACAUCGACGAUUUGGAAUUUCCUUUUUCGCGAGGUAUAAUUAAGUAUUCUAUGCAUUUGAUGUAUUCAUGUAGCAGCUAUGUUUAGUGAGUAGUGUUGGUAGGGAGCAUGUUGUAUCGAUGUGUCGAUAGAUACUAUUUAAUAUAUACUGUAUAAGAAACAAGGAGAAGAAGCAGGUACGUAGCAUAUAAAUUGUCAUUGAUGGUGGCGCGAUAAUUUCUUCGCGAACGAAUAAUUGAUUUGUUCAUGUGUGAAUUCGCGCAAUGCAAUUAAGAGUGCCAAUGCGCGAGCCUAUAUCGCCUAUAUUUUCAAUUCGAUCUCACUGUUUGUCUUCCGGGAAAAUAUUUCGAAGAGGAAAAAUCAUAAUAAUGGAAUAAAUAUAUGGAUUUUCCUUUUGUUCAUUUUUUUAGAUAUAACAUUGAUAAAUGCACGCUAUUUUAAAAAAUAU